CUGCUUUACUUUGAACUCUAUUCAAUGCCGAAGCUGCAACUAAUCUACGUGUUUUACCCUUUAUCUUGGCUUCUCUUGGUGUUUCUGCAUCCAAGAUCCACCCAACAUUGUCACAUCCCGAAUUUGAGGCGGAGCAUGUCCAAAGCAUUCACAGUACGAGUGAUGGAUCGACAGCUAAACAAACACCAAGCCGGCAAACCCUGAGGCUCUAAACAGAGCCAAGUCCGCCAAGUCCGCCUGUAAAACACCUUUCACACCUGAGAGAGCAAGAUUACAGAGGAACGUGACGCAUAUAGUACUACGAGCGGGGGCUUGUGAGUGAUAGUCUUCUUGGAAACAUCAUGUGUGACCAGCAAAACCGUCUCGACAUUUGCCCUUGAGUCGUACAAUGCAUUGUCGAUGCAGUUUUGAGUGCGUCAUUUCUCGUGCCCAGCGAUUGCAGAGCCCGAAAGAGCAUCAGUGGCUGUAAACUCGAAGGGAUUUCCCUGUCUUCAUACAAAAGCUCGCAAGGUCUGCGGUCAAGGGACCGCUUGCCACGUAAAUUCCAAUAUGGCAGUUUCAAAACUCUGCUCAGAGUGUGCCACACCUCGACGUACUCGAACCAUCAUCUAUCGUUGUCGCUUAACCUUCCACCAGCCCUACUCAGUCUUCAACUAUCGGCUCAUUGAACGUCCCAUCGUCAUCAUGCAAUUCUCCAUCUUCGCAACAGUCCUCUUCGCUACCCUCGUAACCUCAGCAUCGCUUCCACCACGAGCAAUGCCAUACACCGGGCCAUGCUCACAAGACAACUGUGGCGCUUCUGGCAAGAACUGCGGUACAGCGUAUCUCUGUGUGCCAUGGCCUCACAUGGAUCCCGCAUUGAGGGAAGGCUGCACAUGCAGCUACGGAAAAUGAGGACCACUCUGCACUGUGAGUUCUGUGAUGACAGUGCCUAGUUGAGUGAAUUAAUUCUGACAGAUUGGCACCUUAGCGUAGUAAAAUCCACCUCCGAAUGACGCUGAGUUUCGGUCGAGGAAUUGAGGAAGGUGCAACGUGUUGUAGCCGACCCACACUAUCUCUUUGUUCUUUUCCCUUCACGACUGUCCUUUGAGGCGAACGUUGAUGUGUCGGCUGUUCAUCUGAAACAUGAUUCGGUAGCUGUUCACCAAGAUUUUGGAGCGAGAGGCGGCCCGCUGUUGCGACGCAUCAUGCAUGUACAUAGCGAGGACAACCAC